AUGAAGAACGUCGGUACCCUUGAAUCCAGGAGUAUCAACAAUUUGCAUAUCAUCAUAGAAACAGAGGCUGCAUGUUUUAGAAGAUUAAUGGCGCACGGGCCAAUGAGUGGUAUGAAGAUUACGGGUACAGUUGAAGUAGUUCCAUUUCAAAUAAAGAGAACUCGACUAAAGCGCAUUGACAACGACCCUACAAAAGUACAUGAAGAGCAAUCUAAAGAUGGCAGAACAGGGCAAGACAUGUUAUUUAGAUACACAACAUAUAAAGUGGCUGGCAAUGGAUCUUUUGGUGUCGUAUAUCAAGCAAAAGUAGUAGAAACAGGUGAAAGUGUAGCUAUAAAGAAAGUAUUUCAGGAUAGACGGUUCAAGAAUCGUGAGCUACAAAUUAUGCGAAGUGUUUGGCAUCCAAACGUAGUUGCUUUGAAAGCUUAUUUCUACAGUCAUGAUGAGAUCAAGAAGGAUGAUGUUUAUCUCAAUUUAGUCUUAGAAUAUAUACCAAUCACUUUGUAUCGUACAUGUCGUGAUUAUGCCAAAGCAAAAGAGUACAUACCUAUGCUCUACGUGAAAUUAUAUACAUAUCAGCUUAUGAGAGCAUUGGCUUAUAUCCAUUCACUUGGAAUUUGUCAUCGAGAUAUUAAACCACAAAAUCUAUUGAUUGAUCCCAGUAAAGGAAUAUUAAAACUAUGUGAUUUUGGAAGUGCCAAAGCCCUUCAUGCUAGUGAACCGAAUGUUUCUUACAUUUGCUCUCGUUAUUAUCGUGCUCCUGAGCUCAUCUUUGGCGCAACAAAUUAUACGUGUAGUAUCGAUAUAUGGUCUGCCGGCUGUGUUAUGGCUGAACUCAUGCUCUUACAACCUCUCUUUCCUGGUGAAUCAGCUAUCGAUCAGCUUGUUGAGAUUAUUAAAGUCCUUGGUACACCCUCUAAAGAACAAUUAUUGGCAAUGAAUCCCAGUUAUACAGAACAUCGUUUUCCUCAAAUCAAACCCCAUCCAUUCGCGAAAGUAUUUUCGAGAUCCCGUACACCUGAAGAAGCCAUUACAUUCAUUACCAAAACUUUACAAUAUGAACCUCAAAAAAGAUUAACAGCUUUUCAGUCUUUAGCCGAUCCAUUUUUUGAUGAACUGAGGGAUCCAAAAGUAAAGAUGUUGAACGGAAAAGAUUUGCCACCAUUAUUCAAUUUUACACGACAUGAGCUAUCCAUUAAACCCGAACUGAUUCCUAAACUCGUACCUGCUCAUUAUGAAGCAGAAUUAUUAGCUAAUGAUGGUAUUGAUGUACAUAAUUUUGUACCCAUGACGCCCGAUGAAAUGAAGGGUAAUGUAAAAAACUGA